ACAAGGGGCUAUAUAUUUUCCCCUUAUGCACUCUCAUCGUCAUUCCUAUCUCCAAUCUCUUAAUCUAGAUAACCUCUUACAAUGGCAGGAGAAAGUGCGAGUAAGAACAUUUUUAUACCUGCAAGAGACCUCACAAUAGCUUGGAUUGAUGAUCCUCAAUACUGGAAAUGGACAUCUAUAGAGAUCGACGGUAAGAAAGUUGAAGUGGCUGAACUUAUAAGGGUAUAUUGGCUAAAUAUUGGUGGGAGUAUCAACGUACAGAAGCUAUCACCUGGCAUUACAUAUGAAAUAGUGUUUGAUGUAUUGCUAAAGGAAUCUGCAUACGAUUGGAAAAAUCCUGUUAACCUCGAACUCAAACAGCCAGAUGGAUUAACAAUUGUGACCCAUGAAUCUCUAGAGAAUCAGACAAGAGAUACAUGGUUUCAGAUCAAGGUCGGCGAAUUCAAGGUCGACGAUGUUGGGGGGAAGUUGGCGUUUACCUUGUAUGAACAUGGACAAUAUUGGAAGUCGGGGUUGGUUGUUAGAGGUGCUGAAAUUUCUACCAAAGAUACCAGUUUCGGUAUACUCUAUUUAAUAAUUUCUUUGGAAUGUUAUAGUUGAUAUUAGAAGAAUUUA